UGGAGACCGGAGAAUGUUCUAUCUGCUUCACAAGUCCGUUUAGAUCAAUCUUGAGAUGCUGAACUACUUUUGUGAUUUGCAAAUUGGUUAGUUGUAAUUGGUGCCACCUGACUUCUAAAUUCAACAGUGGUGCUCUCAGUUAGCCAGCACAAAUCCAAAACUUACAUUUUGGAUGCUGAUUUGACAGCGAUUACAAAAAUGACACAGGUAGCCUAACUUUCACUUGCAAGCUACGUAGGAUUUUGCAUAAUAUAGGCCUACCUUUGUUUUCAUUAAAAAGUCCCACCAAGGCCAACUAGCCCAGGCCUUUCUGAUAAUGUAAUCACAAGCCUACGGGUAGUCGUUGUUGGCUGAAGUUAGUUUUUUAAUAGUUUUAGGAUAGGAGAUCCAGUGACCAUUUUUUGUGCACUUUUAAACCGAAAGUCUGCAAACAGUUGGUAGACCAACGAAUAGCCUGAUUAGGUUGUACAGCAUACUUGUACAGAUCAUUCUUGAUUUUUUUUUGUAUAUAUAUACCUGAUAUGUAGUAACUGGCUAUACCAAGCCCAUUAUACACAAGUACCUACUGAUCAAAAAUCUACUGCUUACACUCCUGGCGCCAGCUAGAGUAAAGCAUGAAAGGGUUAAUCCAGCCGUCACCACGUGGAUGAUGCUAUACGCUUAAUGGGGAGGAUAUGACGCGGCGUCACAAACUGUCCUUUUAAACGCUGAAACACUGUAGCUAGAGGGAAAGAACCGAACUUCUCUGGGACCAUCAAACUUAGUAAACUGUUGAAAGGAGGAAAAGGUAUGGCAGAUUACUUGAUCAGUGGAGGCACAGGUUAUGUUCCGGAGGACGGACUAUCAGCCCAACAGCUCUUUUCUGUUGGUGACGGGCUCACCUACAAAUCAGAUCAGCAGUCUGUUGCAGACGGACUCAAGGCGGAAGAGCUAUGCUCUAGUGGGGACGGUAUUACUUACAAUGACUUUCUGAUUCUACCAGGAUUUAUUGACUUCAGUGCUGAUGAUGUGGACCUCACAUCUGCUUUAACCAAAAAAAUCACGCUGAAGACGCCACUCAUUUCAUCACCGAUGGAUACAGUGACGGAGUCUUCAAUGGCCAUAGCCAUGGCGCUUAUGGGGGGCAUUGGCAUUAUACAUCACAACUGCACUCCAGAAUUCCAGGCUAAUGAAGUUCGCAAAGUGAAGAGGUUUGAGCAAGGUUUCAUCACAGACCCGGUCGUCAUGAGCCCGCACCACACAGUGGGUGACGUGUCUGAGGCCAAGGUGCGCCACGGCUUCUCGGGCAUCCCCGUCACAGAGACUGGCAAGAUGGGCGGCAAACUGGUGGGCAUCGUCACGUCACGAGACAUCGACUUCCUGUUGGAGAAAGACCACGGCAAGCCUUUGUCUGAGGUAAUGACUAAAAGAGAAGAACUUGUUGUUGCUCCAGCUGGUGUCACUUUGAAGGAGGCUAACGACAUACUCCAGCGCAGUAAGAAAGGCAAACUUCCCAUUGUGAAUGACAAGGAUGAGUUGGUGGCCAUCAUCGCACGCACAGACCUGAAGAAGAACAGGGAUCACCCCCUGGCCUCCAAAGACUCGCGCAAACAGCUGCUGUGUGGCGCUGCCAUCGGCACCCGCGAGGACGACAAGUACCGCCUGGACCUCCUCACGCAGGCGGGCGUGGACAUGGUGGUGCUGGAUUCUUCCCAAGGCAACUCGGUCUAUCAGAUCAGUAUGAUCCACUACAUCAAGCAGAAGUAUCCGGAGCUGCAGGUGGCCGGGGGAAAUGUGGUGACCGCUGCCCAGGCGAAGAACCUGAUCGAUGCUGGAGCGGACGCCCUGCGAGUGGGCAUGGGCUGCGGGUCCAUCUGCAUCACACAGGAAGUCAUGGCGUGUGGCCGGCCGCAGGGCACCUCGGUGUACAAGGUGGCGGAGUACGCCAGGCGCUUUGGUGUGCCCAUCAUUGCCGACGGCGGCAUCCAGACGGUGGGCCACAUAGUGAAGGCCCUGUCUCUCGGCGCCUCCACAGUGAUGAUGGGCUCUCUGCUGGCGGCCACGACUGAAGCCCCAGGGGAGUACUUCUUCUCCGACGGCGUGAGGCUCAAGAAGUACAGAGGAAUGGGCUCUUUGGACGCCAUGGAGAAGAACAUCAGCAGUCAGAAACGCUACUUCAGUGAGGGAGACAACGUUAAAGUGGCUCAGGGGGUAUCCGGCUGUGUUCAGGAUAAAGGCUCCAUCCACAAAUUCAUCCCUUAUCUGAUUGCUGGCAUUCAGCACGGCUGCCAGGACAUCGGAGCCAAAAGCCUGUCUGUACUACGCUCCAUGAUGUACUCCGGAGAGCUGAAGUUUGAGAAGAGGACCACGUCCGCCCAGGUGGAGGGAGGAGUGCACGGCCUCCACUCGUACUCUUUUGUACCAUUUACGAGAAACGGCUGUACUGAGACGGAACUGAGGGAGGAGCCUGAUGUCCCCACUGCAGCUGCGACCAAACGCAAACGAUGUAUCUGACAACACCUCACCCAGUCCCUUGGACCCCACCACAGAACUCCCUGUCCCUCCCAAGGCCCCCCUCAGACAGACACAGGAUGCUAGGACCGAGGGACCCCUCAGGACCCCUCAGGACCCAUGGGAUUCACACUACAGAUGGAACAUCAGGGUUUACAGGAACAAUCCCAGUGAACAAAUUGACUAGUGAUCUCUCGAUUUUGAUUUGUGUGCGCGUGUGUACAUGUGUUAUGGUGGUGAUAAUCACAGCGGAGAUGGCCUCUCUGGUACUGGUCAAGCUGUUUAUAGUCUCUGAAGUAACAUGAGACGCUGCACCCUUACCAGCAGUUCCAUGUUUUUGAAGUUUCCAUUGCCAACACACUUCCAGAAGUCCACUCCAUGCCAACCGAGUGUGUCAGUACUCUUAGUGUGGAGUAGUUUUGUAACUAUUGAAGUUCUAAAAAAAUGUGUAGUUUUGUAACCAUCAAAGUUGGUUUUCUUUUUGAAAAUUUGAAAUGUUUCUGUUCCACCAUCUGAAUGUGUCUUCCUUCCUUACGGGGUCUCCCACCAUGUUUCUCAAUCACCAGUUAUAUGAAGGUUGUCCUCCAUGUUUCUCAAUCACCAGUUAUAUGAAGGUUGUCCUCCAUGUUUCUCAAUCACCAGUUAUAUGAAGGUUGUCCUCCAUGUUUCUCAUCACCAGUUAUAUGAAGGUUGUCCUCCAUGGAGAAGUUUACUUCUUGUGUUGGUCGGUCAUACCCCAUCAAAGAACCUUAAACCAAAUGAAUAUUCCGCCUCUCCUAGAGUAUAAUGAAGUUUUGUUCAGUGUGCCGUUUCCACUCAUGUCAAGGUUUGGGACCAGAAGCUAGCUCUAGCUUUUAUUUUUCUGGGAUGGUUUUCAUCCUAAUAUAUGUCGGAUGACAAUCGAGAAUCUCCUGACUGGAAUUUUAAAAAAAAUAUGUAAAUUGUUCCAGACUGAUGCAGAAGAGACUGGCCUGUAUGAGGGCUUUUGAUAUGCAUGUUCUGUUAAUUGAUGAUUCUUUUUUUUUUAUAGCCAUAUCAUGGCUGUAUUUGUACUAGACUUUUUCCUAUUAACCUUCUGCUGAUUGGUCUGUAUUUCUCAUGCGCUAACACGACUUCCACGUCAGUCAGGAAGCGCCGUGCCGCCGGUCACAUACAGUAUUUUGCUAAUUUGCUAACUAUUAACUUCUGUUAUGUGUGUCUUGCGUUGUUACUCUGGCUUAUGUGUUUUGUUUGGGAUGCCAAUAAUAUGCCUUUUAAAUAGAGGACCACGUGCAAAAUGCUGAGGUCAGAAGUCUUCUAUCUAAAUAAGCUUAGAUCCAUCCAGUGUAUGCGCUGUGCUUUUUGUCACAGGUCUUUUGAAGUGGGCUUAAUCGCCUUUACCUUCUGUACAUCAUCUUACAUCUUGGAUGUAGUUCCGUUCCCCCCCCCCUCCCCCGCAUUGCAAAAACUGUUUUGCUGCGAACAUUACCUCAUCGUCUGACACGCAGUGGUGGAGCCUUGUUGUACUGUAUGUUAAUGUACAUGAUGUGUGAAGUUGAUGCAGUUAACCCCUGGGAAUGUUUGUUGCUAGUUGGAGGUUACAUAAAUCAUGGUCAAUAAUCUCUUGGCUUGCCUUGUAGAUAUAACAAUAUUUACAACCCACUAUUUAGCUG